AUGGAAUUGUGGUUGGUUGCCAUUAUAUUCACAGUUCUGAUUUACAGUCCUUCUGAAACAUCCUUUGUUAAACUUAAUAAAGGUGGCUAUGAAGAUAUUGUCAUUGCUAUUCAUCCUGGAGUGCCUGAAAAUGUAAAGAUUAUUGAUAAAAUCAAGGAGAUGGUUAAUGAAGCAACACAUUAUCUAUUCAAUGCCACACAGAAAAGACUGUUUAUAAAGACUGCUAAAAUUUUAAUUCCUUUGACUUGGUCUAAUAAGAACUAUACCAAACGUAGAACAGAAAGUUAUGACAAGGCUGAUGUUAUUGUUGCUGAUCCUUACCUGAAAUAUGGAGAAGAUCCAUAUACCUUACAAUAUGGAGGCUGUGGAGAGCCAGCAAGAUAUAUCCAUUUUACACCCAACUUCUUGCUGGAUGAUAAACUCAUCUCAGUGUAUGGACCUCGAGGAAGAGUGUUUGUUCAUGAAUGGGCUCAUCUACGAUGGGGGGUCUUUGAUGAAUAUAACUUUGAAAGACCCUACUACUUGUCAACAGAUCUCAAAGUAGAAGCAACAAGGUGUUCGCAUGAUAUUCUUGGGGUUAAUGUAAAGAGCCAGUGCCAAGGAGAUUCCUGUACUGUGCGGGCUUGCUAUUUUGACUCUAGCACCGGUCUGUAUGAGGAGGACUGCAUUUUUGUUCCUAUUGACAACCAGUUUGUCAAACACUCAAUAAUGUAUUUGCAAGCAUUGCCAUCUGUAUCAGAAUUCUGUAAUUCCAGUAAUCAUAAUAUUGAAGCUCCAACUCUACAGAACAGAAUGUGUAACUAUCGCAGUACAUGGGAUGUCAUCAUGAACUCCACCGAUAUAAACUCCUCUUCUCCAAUGGAAAGCCACAGCAUUCCUGUUCCAUCAAUCUCGCUUAUACAGUAUAGAGAUAGAGUGGUGACUCUCGUGCUUGACGUGUCUGGAAGUAUGGCUGGCAUUCGAAUUCAAAAACUGUACAGGGCGGCAGAAAUAUUUGUUAUGCAGAUAAUCGAAGCGGGAUCUUAUGUUGGAAUUGUCACAUUUUCAACUGCUGCUACCGUCACUUCACCACUGCUGCAAAUCAGAGGUGAUGUGGAGAGGAAUAAACUGAAAUCCUUUCUUCCUAAAUCAGCGGCUGGAGGGACAAAUAUAUGUACAGGAAUCUUGGCUGGCAUUGAGGUUAAUAAACAAUUCGAUAAAUCAUCAUUUGGCACUGAUAUAAUAUUAUUAUCAGAUGGAGAGGACAAUUACGACCCCAGAGACUGCUUUUCUGCAAUAGAGAACAGUGGGGUGAUCAUUAGUUUCAUCUCUCUGGGACCAGAUUGGGCCAGACCACUAACCACUAUAAUACAAAACACAGGAGGUCAACAAUAUUCAGCGAGUGAUGAUUUAAAUGCCAAUGAUUUGAUUGGUGUAUUCACUGGAAUUUUACCUGAAAAUGGAGAUAUAUCUAAGCAGGCUAUACAGCUGGAAAGCACAUCAACGAUUCUUACAGCUAAAGAGUGUUUGAAUGACACCGUUUAUAUUGAUAAUACAGUUGGAAAUGACACUUUCUUUGUUGUCACCUGGCAAACUGAAGUACCAAUUAUUAAAUUGCAAGAUCCAAAUGGAAAAGUGUAUACGCAUAUAGAUUUCACUACUGACACAACAACAAAAUCAUCUAGAUUGGCAAUCCCUGGAAGAGCAGAGGUAGGGCGAUGGUAUUACAGCCUGUGCAAUACUCGUUCAUCAAACCAAGGUGUAGGUCUAAUUGUGAACUCUAAGGCGGCUGAUGAAAAAGUACCUCCAAUUACUGUGACUGCCCAUAUGAAUACAAUCGCAAACGAUUAUCCUAAUCCGAUGGUUGUGUAUGCCACAGUUAGCCAAGGUCUGUUACCUGUGAAGGGUGCAAAUGUAACUGCAACUAUUGAACCUCUGACUGGAACACCCGUGGUUCUGCAGCUUCUGGAUAAUGGAGCAGGUGCUGAUAUUGUAAAAAAUGAUGGUGUAUACUCUAAGUACUUCACUGCAUUUAAAUUCAAUGGAAGAUACAGUCUACAAGUACGCGCUGAAGGUGUAAAGGGUAAAAGUCGUUUGGCAUUGCGCAACAGUCGUGCACUAUAUAUUCCAGGAUAUAUACAAAAUGGAACUGUAACUAUGAAUCCUCCAAGAUCAACUGUGGAUGAUGAGCUAAACCUGGGAGAAUUCAGCAGGAUGGCUUCAGGUGGUGCAUUUGAUGUGUCUAAUAUCCCCACUGUUAUCCCACUAGACAUCUAUAAACCUGAUAAGAUAACAGAUCUGGCUGCAAGAAUAGAAAGUGGAUCAGUUAUUCUGUCCUGGACAGCAACUGGUGAUGACAUGGAUGAAGGAAGUGCUUCACGCUAUGACUUAAGAAUGAGUGUAAGUCCUAAAGAUCUGAGGGACAACUUUAAUGGAUCCACACCAGUAAACAUGUCCAGUGUUACUCCACAACCAGCUGGAUCAAGUGAAACAUUCACAUUUGCACCAGAAAAUGUUGUUAUAGAAAAUGGAACAAUCCUGUUCUUUGCAAUAGUUGCCAUUGAUAAAGUCUCUCAGAUAUCAGAUAUGUCUAACAUAGCCCAGGCAGCUCUUUUCAUUCCUCCGACACCAGCUCCCACAACUGUCCAUACAUCAACUACACCAGCUCCCACAACUGUCCAUACAUCAACUACACCAGCUCCCACAACUGUCCAUACAUCAACUACACCAGCUCCCACAACUGUCCAUACAUCAACUACACCAGCUCCCACAACUGUCCAUACAACAAGUGGCAGUAGUGACAAUGUGAAGGUAUCAGUAGUGACAGCAAUAUUAUGUGCAGCAACAGUUUUAAUAAGCAACAAAAUGUAAAUUACAAAGAAGACAAGCAGAGCUGUAAGAACACAGAAGGUGCAUUAUUGGUAUGUACAAAUGUUGUAUAGACUGCCAUCUAAUAUGAACUGUUAUUAAAUGAAGCAAAUGUAUUUAA